AUGGAACAGCGGGCACUGAAAAGCCUAAAAGCAAACAAGGACAUAAUUAUUCUGCCAGCUGACAGAGGACGUUCAACACUUGUGCUAGACAAAUCGGAUUACCAGAACAAGGUACAGGACUUACUCGAAGACCAGCAUUCAUACAAACAAUGUCAUGCCAGCGAAAUGAAAAAUCUAAUCACCCGGAUAAACAAAAGCCUAAGAAAUCUCAAAGCCAAGGGGGCGAUUACACCCAACGACUGGUUCUCCAUGAAACCCACUGACACCGCCACGGCUCGUUUUUACGGUCUACCGAAGGUACACAAGGCAAAUGUCCCACUCAGACCAAUCGUAUCCCUUCGUGGCACUCCGACGUACGGUUUGGCAAAAUGGAUGUUCGGUCGUCUUAAGUUUUUGGCCGAAGGCUCACCAACAACAGUUGCAUCUGCGUAUCAAUUCCUCGAACGCAUAAAGCAUCUGAGGUUAGAGCCAGACGAAUCCAUGGUAUCCUUUGAUGUCGUUUCGCUCUUCACCUCCAUCCCACAGCAACUAGCGAUAGAUGUUGUGGACCAACUACUGGCAGAGCGUUAUGAGGAGAGAGACAGGCCUCUGAAGUCUGAGCAUCUGCUCGAGCUUCUGCGAUACUGUCUCAAGACCUAUUUCACUUUCGACGGACAAAUGUACGAACAAAUAAAGGGCACUCCUAUGGGCUCCCCUAUAUCAGGCCUAAUUGCUGAAGUAGUACUUCAACGGGUAGAACACUUGGUGUUCACCAAAUAUCAACCAAAGUUCUGGGCCCGCUAUGUCGAUGACACCUUAGUCGUUGUCAAAACAACUGACGUAGAACACCUAAAGGGACUACUGAACUCGGUUGACCCUGAUAUACAAUUUAUGAUGGAAGCGGAAACAAACAACCAACUGCCCUUCCUUGACGUACUUGUGCGCCGGUGUACCACUGGACAGCUGCAAACUACAGUAUUCCGAAAAUCCACUGACACGAGACAGAUGCUACACUUCAACAGUAACCAUCCUUUGUCUCACAAACGUAGUUGUGUCCGCACUCUAUUCCAAAGAGUCGAAACACACUGCAGCACACCAGAAGAUAAAAGGGCCGAACGAUUGUACCUUGUGGACCUAUUUGCAGCCGAUGGUUAUCCCAGGCAUUUCAUCGAGAGAAGCAGACGUUGGGCGCCCAGACAACGGCCAAAUGAGCAGCAACCCGAAGUCUGGAGGGCCAUUUCUUACGUUAAAGGGGUCUCUGAAGCGGUCUCGCGACUGUUACAACCCAGCAGAGUAGGCAUAGCCCAUCGACCACAAGCAACAAUUCGACGUCGCCUGAUGCAACCUAAAGAGCCAUUGCCACCCGCUGAAACCUCAGCAGUCAUCUACGAAAUAAAUUGCAAUGAGGACGACUGCAACAAUGUGGGCGAAACUGGGCGGAAAUUGCAAACUGGCCUCAAAAACUUCACGUACGAGCAGCGCCUGCCGGCCUUGAACCUCUAUCCCCUCCACUACAGGCAGGACAGAGGUGACCUCAUAGCAACGUUCCAGUUGGUAAAAGGACUUAAUCUGGAUGUCGACUGGGAAACGUUUUUUGAAAUGGCACCCAAAUCCAAUCUCAGACGACAUGAUUACCAGCUUAAAAAGGAACUGUGCCACACAAAUCAACGUUCCUCCUUUUUCUCACAGAGGGUCAUUCGCCAAUGGAACUCUUUGCCGGAGUUUGUUGUUAAUUCCCCUACCGUGAACGUGUUCAAGAGACAACUGGAUACUCACCUGCUGAAAGGCAACCCAAACUGCCGAAGCCUGAUCUGA